AUGUUCAAACCAGCAGCUUCUCUGAGUGUAGAAUGCUAUGUUGGUGUUGAUUGGGGCAGCAAUCUUGAUGAUAGGAGAUCCACAAGUGGCUACUGUGUUUACUUGGGUCCUAAUCUCAUACAAUGGAGCUCCCGCAAGUUUGAUAAUGCAGAAGCAGAAUUGAUUUUAUGCACUCGAGUUGCAGGUUGGUUUGAUAAUGUAGAAGCAUACUUGAUUUUAUACACUAAAGUUACAGGUUUGAUAAUGUUGUAUGAAAGUGAUACUGUUGUGCAAAAAGAUAAAGGUGAGCAAAGUGGUGGUGAUUCUUUUGUUCUUGAUGGGUUUCGCAAUUGGAAGAGACUUGAAAAUUUUAAAUAUCAUAUUAGAGGUCCUAACAGCUAUCAUAACCAAGCUGUGAAAAAUUGUCAAGCUUUGAUGAACCAAAAGCAGCAUGGAAACUUUCUUGAAUUUUUACACUAUAUAGCUGAGCAAAAUGAAGAAUAUAGAUUAGUAGCAUUGGAGAAUGCUCCUGGACAUGAUAAAUUGAUUGCUUCUAGUAUCCAAAAAGAUAUAAUCAAUGCAUUUGCAGUUGAAACCAUCAACAAACUAAUUAGUGAUCUUGGAGAUGCUUUUUUUUCUAUACUAGUUGAUGAAGCCCGUGAUGGAUCCAACAAAGAGCAGAUGGCAAUUAUCUUACGUUACGUAAAUAAAAGAGGAUGUGUUGUUGAGUGUCUAUUGAGCAUUAUGCAUGUCACAGAUACGACUGCUUUGUCACUAAAGAUGGGAAUCAAAACAUUGUCCUCUAAAUACAAUUUGAGCAUAUCAAGAUUACGUGGACAAGGUUAUGAUGGUGCGAGUAAUAUGCGAGGUCAAUUUAAUGGGUUAAAAGCACUUAUAUUGAAAGAUAAUGAAUAUGCCUUCUAUGUUCAUUGUUUUGCUCACCAACUUCAACUAGCACUUGUAGCUGUGGCAAAAAAGGAUACAAAUAUUGAGAGACUUUUUUUGAAAGUUUCUUGUGUGAUAAAUAUUGUUGGAUGGUCACCUCGACGUAGGGAUCUUCUUAAUGAGAAACAAGCUUUGAAGGUAAAAAAAAAGCUAUUGAAAGUGGUGAGCUUUCAACAGGUGCUUGAGGAUCUUACUGAAAAUUCUGAAAAUAGAGUUGAAGCAAGUGAUUUGGUGGAUUAUAUGACUUCUUUUGAUUUUGCUUUUAACCUGCACAUGAUGAAAAACAUUUUGGGAAUCACAUUUGAACUUUCACAAGCAUUGCAAAGGAAGGAUCAAGAUAUUAUAAAUGUUAUGUCUUUGGUUCACUUGUCGAAAAGAAGAUUAUCAUUGAUAAGAAAUAAUGGAUGGGAUAAUCUACUUGAUGAAGUUUCUCAUUUUUGCAUUGCUCAUAAUAUAGAUGUACCAAAUAUGCAAGAGAAAUUUGUUGCAAGAGGGAGAUCGCGGCGUAAUGUUCAAGAGAUGACAAAUUUAUUUCAUUGUCGUGUUAAGUUGUUCUAUGACAUAAUAGAUUUGCAACUAUCAGAGCUUAACAGUCGUUUUAAUGAAGUUGCAAUUGCAAGUGUAGAAAGUGCAUUUUCUGCUAUGAAAAUUGUGAUGACUCAUUUACGCAAUCGGAUGUGA